GGAACAUGCUUGUCACUGUUGCAAGGGCAAGGCACAACAACAACCCACCGGUUGGCCAAAUUCUCUCUCUCUCUCUCUGCUGCCCGAGCUGCCCGUUCUUUAGCGCUCUCUCUCUCUCUCUCUCUCUCUCUCUCCAAGUACAUCUCUUGAUCUCUAUUCAUCGCCACCCCUCUCUCACCUUUUUUCUUCUGGUUUUAUUACCACUCUCUCUUUAGAGACAGAGGGAUUAUCUUUGAUGCUGCCUUUCUUUCACACUUCAACGUCUGCGAAAGCUACCUGUACGGUCGGCUCUCCAUUUUUGGCUUCGGGCAGGUAAACCCCUCUGCCCGUUUUCUCCGGUCAGCUCGAUUUUGCUUUUGAAAUCCGUAGUCUUCUUGAGUGGAGAGAGCGAAGACAAAUCCGAUAGGAGUUAAUUCAGAGUAGUUGUUUUUUGGCUCUGAACUGGUCAGCUUUCAUCGUGAGUUUAUUUCUAGGGUUUUUGGAGUUCCGUGCGGGCAUUUCUUGUCGGGGGUUGAGCUUAUUCUUCUAGUAUUGGCCAGACAAUUCAGACGUUUUUGUUACUUUUUAUUUGAAGGGCUGGUCUAUGUAUGAUCUGCGCCUUUUGGUGAUUUUUAGUCAUCUUGGGCUCUGCCGGAUAUAUUUCUGAACCGGGUUCGAGUAAUUUUGAGCUGAAAAGGAAUGUUUUAUGUUUCUCGGGGACUUUGCAAGUUAUGAUCUCUGUUGUUUCAUCGUAUUUGGGGUCUCAAUGCUGACUCUGAAGUUUCUAUUACAAAGGUUUUCUUUUUGCUUUUAAGGUGGUGUCAUAUAUUUCGUUUGUGGGUUCCAAUCUCUGGCUGGUUAAGGGGCAGCGGUUGUUUGAUAGGUUCUGUGUCUUGUUGAGAUAUGAACUGUUGAAUUAACGCUUCUUAAAGAUGGGAGUAGGUCCUGAUGUUAUUCAGGCGGAAUCAUGGGAUGUGGGGAAAUCAAAGGAAAAGAAGAAGAAAGAAGGCAAGUCCGAGGAGCCUGGUUGUUGGAUUAAAUUUAGGCUUUUGGUUAUGAGUUCCUGCAUCUCUUCAAGAUCCAAAGUGGAUACCUCCAUAAGUGGCACCAGUACGCAUUAUGCGGAAAGUAAAUCUACAAAUGAUACUAGUAGAGACCAACCAGUUGCUCCAGUAGUCUCCUCUACAACCACUAGCAAUGGUGAGAGUAUCCCUUCCACCCCCAAAGUAGGAGAGGAAUUGAAAGUUGCUUCUCAGCUUCGAAGAUUCACAUUUAAUGAGCUUAAGUCUGCAACAAGGAACUUUAGGCCAGAAAGUCUUCUUGGUGAGGGUGGCUUUGGUUGUGUUUUCAAGGGAUGGAUUGAGGAGAAUGGAACUGCUCCUGUUAAACCUGGGACUGGGCUUACUGUUGCGGUUAAAACCCUCAAUCAUGAUGGACUUCAGGGCCAUAAAGAGUGGCUGGCUGAAGUAAAUUUUCUUGGUGACCUCCUCCAUCCUAAUUUGGUCAAAUUGAUUGGCUACUGCAUUGAGGAUGAUCAAAGGCUGCUAGUAUAUGAGUUUAUGCCUCGAGGAAGCCUGGAGAAUCAUCUCUUUAGAAAAGGGUCCCUGCCUCUCCCCUGGUCUAUCAGGAUGAGAAUUGCACUUGGUGCUGCCAAGGGCCUUGCAUUUCUUCAUGAAGAAGCUGAAAGGCCUGUUAUAUAUCGAGAUUUUAAAACAUCUAAUAUCCUGUUAGAUGCGGACUAUAAUGCAAAGCUCUCUGAUUUUGGACUAGCCAAAGAUGGUCCCGAGGGAGAUAAGACUCAUGUUUCUACUCGAGUGAUGGGAACAUAUGGCUAUGCAGCUCCAGAGUACGUGAUGACAGGGCAUCUAACGUCAAAGAGUGAUGUAUACAGUUUUGGGGUGGUUUUACUAGAGAUGCUGACUGGCCGAAGAUCCAUGGAUAAAAACCGACCAAAUGGGGAGCAUAACUUGGUGGAAUGGGCACGACCAUAUCUUGGUGAGAAGAAAAGGUUUUAUCGGCUAAUAAUAGAUCCUCGUCUUGAGGGCCAUUUCUCAAUCAAAGGUGCAGAGAAGGCUGCACAGCUGGCCCAUCGUUGUCUUAGCCGGGACCCCAAAGCCAGACCUUUGAUGAGUGAAGUUGUAGAAGCCCUGAAGCCUCUACAGAAUCUGAGGGACAUGGCUAGCUCCUCCUACUACUACCAGACAAUGCUAGCAGAGAGAACUGGGUCCAACCUAACUAGAAAUGGUCUUCGGACACAGGGAGGGUCUCUGUUGAGGAAUGGGCAACCAACAAGGAGCCUUUCGAUGCCAAAUGGUUCGCAUGCUUCUCCAUACCACCACCAUCACCACCAAUCCCACCAGUCACCCAAACCCAAUGGUAAACAGGCAUGAUGUUCAGUUUCUAUGAUUCUAUAUCCAUAUUUCAUCCAUUGCAUCCCAACAUCCUAGACUUCCUUUUUUUUUUUUUUUUAAUUUACAUUUCUUUCUUUCUUAUGUAUAAAUACAUGAUCAUCACGAGGUCAUAUCUAGUCUUGGAAUACUGAACAGGCAGUGGGGAUCUCUAAGCGGAUGCAGUGUAUUUUAAUUUGUGACGAGAGUUGGUGGGCUGUGCCCUUUCUUCCAUUAAGGAAAUGGUCAUCGGGAGGGGGAAUGUGGAAGAGGGUUUUGGAGAGAAUUGUAAUGCCACCUUAUGUUGCAUUUAAUUUGUUUGAAAAUAUCAAAAUGGUAAGAGUAUAGUUGAUUGACCGGUGACCUGAUGCUUA